AUGUCGAACGUAUUUAUCUCAACAGCCAAUUGUGGCAAAGCUCAUGAUGCUGAUAUAUUUGGAUUGAGUGUGUGCAACCCAUAUACAGUAACGUGCUCUGGAGACGGUUCAAUCAAGCUUUGGAAAAAUAAUCUACUGGAUAACGAAUUACCGAGGAAUAACUAUAUCCGCCAAUUUGUUCACAAGACAGGUGUUCACCACGUCGAAGUCUUUCAUUCUGUAGAAAGAGGUGGAAAUGAACUCUGUAUCAUAGCAUGCGUGUCAUUUUCAGGUCACAUUUUCUUCUAUAACGUUGAUAUAGAGUCUGGAGAUCUGAAUGAGCUCAACUUACUUUCUCCUAAGGAGGACAAAAAGUCAUAUUGGGCAAUUAAAUGGUACAAGAGUGAUGACUCAAAUAUAUGUCACCGCUUUGCUGCCACAGAUGUCAAAGGCUCGACAUAUGUGUGGAGGUUUCAUCCAUUUGAAGAAGAGCUGGAUGAAGAGCAAGCUCAAAAAGAAAAAAUGAAAAGGGAAGCAAAAGCCAGGAGAAAUGGAGAAUAUGUACCCGAUAAAGAUGCUGAAAUCGAUUCUACAUUCAGAUCGGCAACUGUACGCCCACAUUUAAUGCUAGAUGCGGAAAUCCCUGCACAAAAGCCAGCAUUUGCGACUUGUAUUGAUAUUUCAUCAUCUGGAUUGAUAGCGACAGGGUUUUCCAACGGUAACGUGGUCAUCUCACAAUUAAGAACAUUACGACCCAUACACAAUUUUGAAGCAUUUGGCAUACAAGGAAUUGAACAAAACAGCAAUACCGUGAGGGACGUGAAAUUCUCACCAUUAGGAACGAUCCUUGCUGUCGCUAGCGACUCAGGCUCAUACGGAUGUGUCACAAUGUAUGAGACUGAGUAUGGUGAAAGAAUAGGAUCUUUAACCGUUCCAACGCACAGCAAUCAGGCAACUAUUGGGGCAUUUGCACACAGUGGUUGGGUAUUUGGCUUAUCAUUCAAUUCCACAGGUGAAUUUCUGGCCAGUUGUGGAUAUGACAGUAAAGUUAGAGUUUGGGACGUAAAAUCGAGAGAACGCGUAUCGACUUUGAAUAUAACCGCGAGCGACAUUGAGGAAGAACAAGAGAUACUGUUAGAAGACGAGCACGGGGAUUCCUUGAAGUUUCCGCCUGUAAUGGCAGUUAAAUUUAUCAAUAAAGGUGUUCGUAAGGGAAUGGGCAGCGAUACAAACGAAGGAUUAUGCUGUGUCUGUAUGGAUAGAAGUGUAAGAUGGUUUAGAGAAGCUGGCGGCGCAUAA